AUGGCCGCUGCCACGGUGCGGUCGACGUUGCCCCGCUGCCUCCUCCUCCUCCUCCUCCUGUCCACGGCGCUUGCCUCCGCCGCCACCUCGCCGCGGCUCGUGCUCCUGGCGCCGUCCGGCUCGCACACGCCGUGCCUGGACAACCCGCCCGACCUGACGGCCGCGGCCGACGAGGCGGGCGAGCUCGUCCGCGACCUCGGCAGCCUCCCGGCCUACGUCACCGGAUCCCGCAGCUCCACGCGCGCCAUCGUCCUCGCCUCCGACUACUUCGGCUUCCAAGCGCCAAAACUGAGGAAAAUCGCGGAUCAGGUUGCGGAUGAUGGAUACUUGGUCGUGGUUCCUGAUUUGCUGCACGGGGACCCGUUCAGGGAUGAGGCCAAGAUUUCAUUUCAAGAUUGGCUGAAAACCCACUCUCCGGUGGAGGCAGCUGAAAAGACUAAAGUGCUUAUUGCUGCUCUGAAGAAGCAAGGGGUGUCUGAAGCUGGGGUUGGAGGUUAUUGCUGGGGUGCAAAGGUAGCUGUGGAGCUAUCAAAGUCUGAAGAAAUUCAAGUGGUUGUCAUUUCGCACCCUUCACUAGUGACUGUCGAUGACAUGAAGGAGGUCAAGCAUCCCAUUGAGAUUCUCGGAGGAGAGCUUGAUCAAGCUUCUCCACCGCCGAUAGUGCACCAGUUUGAACAGGCCUUGGAUCAGAACAACAAGAUUGACCACUUCGUGAAGAUCUUCCCGGGAGUAGCCCACGGUUUCGCUUGCAGAUACAACGCCAGCGACGCGUUCGCCGUCAAAACUGCCGAAAAAGCUCGUGCAGACAUGCUCAGCUGGUUCAACAAGUAUCUGAAGAAGCACCAAGAGCUUUCGCUCCACGAAUCUUAG